GAAGUGCUCAUCAGUGGAAGCCGAGUAAUUGGUGAAACGGGAUGGAGGACACCGGAGUAAGCUGUUUGUUGAGCGGAUGGUGGCACUGGCGGCCAAAGGACUCUUUCUUAAACUUGAGCGCGGAAAGACAGCAAAGCCCACCUACCAGCUAUGGAAUUCCAGUCUGACCACGCCCCUCGCACAAUCGCCCCGCCCUCACAACGGAGUCCCGCCCCCUACGCAAGCCCCACCCUUCACCCCUUGCAGAGACUGGACUUCUCAUUGUUGGCGUGCGGGAAUUUUUUUGGCGGUUGCGCAGUACCAGCCUCCUCAGGCCUUGCUGUUGCUUGCGAGCACGAUGUGGAGUCGGCGGCAAGGCCGUUUCAGGACGCUGGCGUGCGGGGUGGAGGAGCUGCGGUGCCGCCGGCGGGAGCGGGAGGCAGCCCUGCGGAAGGCGCGGAAGGAGCAGCAGUUGGUCAGCAAGAGGCUGCUGAGGGAAGAUGCCCCGGAAGAAGCCGGAGGCCAGAGUGCGGUUGUGCUCCUUGGGGAAGCUGAGGUACAGCAGUUCCUUCGGCAAGCCCAACGGGGAACAGAUGAAAAGGAGAGGGAGAAGGCUCUGCUCAGCCUUCGUCGAGGCUUGCAGCACCCUGAAACACAGCAAACCUUCAUCAGGCUGGAGGGCAGCAUGCGGACCCUUGUCGGGCUCUUGACCAGCAACCGGGCCCUGUUGCAGCUUGAGGCAGCUCGGUGCCUACAUGAGCUCUCUCAUUCUGAGCAGUCUGCAGUGGCUGAGGCCUGCCUGCCAGCUACUUCCUACCUCCUCACCUACCUCUCUGGUCACAGCUCAGACUUCAUAGAGCUGUGUCUGUAUACACUGGGGAACCUUAUCGUGGAGAGUGAGGCUGUGCGAAAGCAGCUCCUGCCACAGGGCAUUGUUCCAGCCUUGGCUGCCUGCAUCCAGUCCCCUCAUGUGGCUGUGCUGGAAGCCCUUGGAUAUGCCUUGUCCCAGCUUCUGCAGGCUAAGGAAGCUCCAGAGAAGAUCAUUCCCUCUAUUCUGGACUCCAGUCUUCCCCAGCACAUGCUACGACUGAUGCACCCAGGCCCAAAGCUGAACCUUGGGGUUGCUAUGGAGUUUGCCUGGUGCCUUCAUUACAUCAUUUGCAGCCAGGUCAACAAUACUGUGCUUCUCACCCAUGGGGCUCUGUCCACCUUGGCACUGUUGCUAUUGGACUUGGCUGGGGCUGUCCAGAGAAUGGAUGAUGUGGGACUAGAGCUGCUUGCAUGCCCUGUGCUUCGGUGUCUAAGCAACCUGUUAACAGAAGUGCCAGUGGAGGCCAUGGGAGAGCAGAUGGAGCUCAGAGAUGAGCGAGUUGUGGCAGCCUUAUUCAUCCUUCUCCAGUUCUUCCUUCAGAAACAGCCUACCUUGCUGCCUGAGGGCCUCUGGCUCCUCAAUAACCUCACUGCAAAUAGUCCUACUUUUUGUACCUCCUUGAUCUCUCUGGAUCUGAUUGAGCCCCUCUUGCAGCUGUUGCCACUAUCAAACAUGGUUAGCAUGCUGGUGCUUACAGUUCUGUGUAAUGUUGUAGAGAAGGGUCCAGCUUACUGCCAGCGGUUGUGGCCAGGGCCCUUGCUCUCCUGCUUGCUCAACACACUGGUUCUCUCUGACACUGAAGUAGUAGGCCAGAGUUUGGAGCUGCUGCAGCUGCUGUUCCUGUAUCAGCCGGAGGCUGCCCAGGCCUUCCUGCAGCAAUCAGGGCUACAGGCCCUAGAAAAGCAUCAAGGAGAAACCCAGCUUCAGGAGAGGAUACAUGCUCUCCAGGAGACAGCUAUUCAUGGAUGACCUGGCUGCUUAAUGUCACCCCCUGACCUCUAUGGCCUAUUUAUUCUAGGUUCACCUAUUUUGUUUUAGAAGCCGGUGGCUUUUUUGUACCCCAGUGUGGUCUUGCACUUAUGAUUGUCUUGUUUCAUCCUCUUAAGCAAGUUGAUUAAUGACAUGUGAUACUACAGCUGGCAGCUGGUGGUUUUUGAUGAGAAAUAAAAUUGUAUUUUUAUAUAC